AUGCGAGUCACAGAGCCAGCUGCGGUUCUCAGGGCAAUCGCCAAGCACAGGGACUUCAACGAGGCGAACGCCGUCGACACUUUUGGCUACACCUUGCUGAUCUUGGCAGCUUCCAAAGGCAUGUCGCAGGUGUGUCACGCUAUUCUGGACCGCGAUGACUUCGUGGGCGUCAAUGCCCAGGACAAGUGGGGCGCCACAGCGCUCCACUGGGCUGCGGACCAGGAUCUGGCUAAUGUGUGCGAGAAGAUCUUGUCGCAUCCAGAAUUUGUUGAGGGCAACCGUCGAGCCUGGAGUUUCGCCUUCGAAGAUAAAACGGCCCUGGAUGUGGCCCUGCACCGAAACUGCAAGGCAGCGGCUGAGGUGAUUCGGCGGCAUGUGGGUCCACCCAAGUAG